AUGUCAAGCAAAGAUACCUUUACCACUGGCGUCGGGCCUACCCGCUCACGCUCGGCCGAGCUGACAUCCAGCAUCGGAAUCGGCUUUCGCCAACUCUCAAGCCCAUCGACGCUGGUUAUUUCUCUCUCUGUCGCUAUUGUCACCUCUUUGGCAAUUAUUUCGACUUGGAUUCCUGCCUACACAGACCUCUUCGUUUCGGUUCGGUCUUUCUCUGGUGCUAGUUCUGGACGAGGACCAUCGGCAGAACUGAAGGCGUCGAUUCUUUCCCGUUGCGCUGCUCUCAAAGCUGUUCCAGGACCACCGUCUUCGUUUUCUGCUCGCGACGAAUCCGACAGGUUCGAAACAGGGACGAACGCAACUCUCAUUCGCAAUGCCAAAAUAUUCACGGGAAGGGAAAACGGAACAGAAAUCAUUCACGGGGACAUUUUGCUCGACAAGGGUAUUGUUAAGGGUCUGGGGAAAGUAUCUGGACGCGUCAUCGACAACACACCCAACCUCACUAUUGUCAACGCGAAUGGCGCGUGGCUCACACCAGGACUUGUGGACCUACAUACUCAUCUAGGAGUUCUCAGCGCACCCAUCCUUGCAGGCGCGUAUGAUCUGAGCUCCAACCGGGGUCCUAUUCUCCCAUAUCUCAGAAGUCUGGAUGGACUCAACACGCACGAUGAAAGUUAUGAGCUGGCCAUGGCAGGAGGAGUAACUUCAGCACAAGUUCUUCCAGGAAGCAGUAAUGCAGUUGGUGGACAAGCUUUCAUCGUAAAACUUCGCAAACCAAAGGACCGCUCUGCGUCGUCCAUGAUCCUAGAACCUCCUUAUAACCUGAAACUUUCGGUAAAUGAACCGUCACCUGAACAUGCCCCAUUCCGCUGGCGGCACAUGAAACAAGCAUGUGGAGAGAAUCUUCGUAUUUAUGGGAACAGAAUGGAUACAAUCUGGUCAUUCCGAUCCGCCUACAAUGAGGCCACGAAAAUCAAAAUAUCUCAGGACGGGUUCUGUGCCAAAGCAGAAAGCGGGCUCUGGGAAUCGUUGGAUACGCCCUUCCCAGAAGAUCUUAGAUGGGAAAUGCUCGUCGACGUCCUCCGUGGCAAAGUCAAGAUCUCGACCCACUGCUACGAAGCUGUUGACAUUGACGCCAUGGUUCGACUCAGUAAUGAGUUCCAGUUCCCCAUUGCGUCGUUCCACCAUGCUGCUGAGGCAUGGCUGGUACCAGACGUUCUGAAGCGGAUGUGGGGCGGAGCCCCUUCGAUUGCUUUGUUCGCCACCAACCACAGAUACAAACGGGAGUCAUAUCGCGGCUCAGAGUUUGCUCCGCGUGUGCUCGCAGACGAAGGCAUCCCGGUCAUUAUGAAGUCCGAUCACCCCGUCAUCAACUCACGCUACCUGAUCUACGAGGCCCAACAAGCGCAUUACUUUGGCCUCCCAGCAUCUCUCGCACUUGCUUCAGUGACGUCCACACCGGCUGCAGCGGCAGGUGUCUCCCAUCGCAUCGGGGUUCUGGCGGAGGGAACCGACGCCGAUGUCGUGCUCUGGGAUUCGCAUCCUUUACAAAUUGGUGCAACACCAGUCAAAGUAUGGAUUGAUGGCAUUCUGCAGAUUCCUGUCCCCUCCAAGUCGGGCGGAGAGACCAUUGUAGAGAUCGGAAAGGGUAAGGACGGAGACCGGUGGCGCCAGAUUCCCGAAACGCCGAACUGGGACAAGGAGAAAAAUGAAUCUCUCCGCUGGGAUGGCCUUCCUCCGCUAGAGGGGAGGAAAGUGCAAGGAAAAGUUUCUUUCAUCAACGUGAAGGAGGUCUGGAGGAGAACUUGGAACGGCGACAUCGAACGGGCAUUCCUCGCUGAACCGUCGAAUGGCCGUCGGCAGAGGCUAGGUGCAGUGGUCGUCGAAGAUGGAAAGAUGACUUGUGUUGGCAUGCACUGCGACGACCUGAAGGCAGAUUCCAAAACUAUCGACCUGCGCGGGGGAUCUAUUUCUCCUGGCCUCAUGACGUAUGGCUCGCCUCUGGGACUCGAAGAAAUCGCAGACGAAUCUUCCACUGGAGAUGGACAGGCGUAUGAUGCUUUCCGACACAAUGUCCCAAAGAUUCUUAACGAUGUAGGAGGUGUCGUCCGUGCUAUGGAUGGAUUGAUGUUCGGUACUCGAAACGCUCUGCUUGCCUAUCGUUCGGGUGUGACUCUGGCAACUUCCUCCCUUGAAAAGCCCAUUUAUAUCGGUGGACCAGACGCACAUAUCAUCUCCGGACUUUCCGUUUCGUUCCGCACUGGCUCAGCGCAUGCCAUGCAACGAGGAGCCAUCGUACAGGACGUGACGGCCUUGCACGUUGUUCUGGGCAAGUCGUACCUACUUCUACGGGGCAUCAGUGUUAGCACUCAGAUAGCUGCACUACGGCGCCUUUUGUAUGGGUGGGAGAGCCAAGACAAAGAAACCGGAUAUUGGUUUAGAAAGGCUGCAGAGGGUAUUGUCCCUCUCGUGAUAGAGGUUGACAGUGCAGACAUCAUGGCCAACCUUCUCAUUUUGAAGGCCGACGUCGAAGACAAGAUAGGCUCCAUGAUGAGGAUGGUUUUCAGUGGUGCUACGGAAGCACACUUGUUGGCUGAAGAAAUCGGGAACGCGAAUGUUGGUGUUAUACUAAGUCCCGCAAGACCAUUCCCAAUGGUUUGGGACCAGCGCCGAAUCCUCCCUGGGCCUCCUCUCACAAAUAACACAGCAUUGGUAACUUUGAUGGAAAAGGGCGUCGUUGUUGGACUGGGGAUUCGGAGUGCAUGGGAAGCGAGGAACACACGCUUUGAUGUCCAAUGGGCGGCUCUUGAGUCGAAUGAACGUGUCUCCCAGCAGCAAGCGUACGCCCUCGUCACCCGUGAUCUUGAGAAGCUUUUAGGCGUGCGUGGGGUUGACGAGGAGUCCGGAGAUUUGGUUGCAUAUGAGGGUGGAAGCAUGUUUGAUCUUUCGAGUAAAGCCGUUGGAGUAAUCUCUCCAGCUCGGGGACUUGUCGAUGAAUUCUGA